AUGUACAGCUACUUCCCAACUCUUUUACAACAGGAUUUUCAGUUCAGAGCACUGAAGAAGGUCCGCAUCUUUGAUGCUCCGGAUGAUCUUCCCAAAGAGCGCUCCAGUCUCCUUGCGGUGUCUAACAAAUAUGGGCUGGUCUUUGCUGGUGGAGGAACCAGCCUGCAGAUCUUUCACACUAGAAACCUUCUCAUGCAAAACCAGCUGGGAGAAGAUCCCAAUAAAAUUGUGGAGAAUGUUCAGAGUACCUUAGUUCCCAUGAAGUUUCCUGUGCAGCACCUUGCUCUAAGCUGUGAUAAUCUCACGCUGUCCGUCUGUAUGAUGUCCAGUGAGAUCGGUUCCUUCAUUGGCUUUUUUGAUGUCCGCACGUUCUUAAAUCAGGCAAAACAGCAGAAACGUGCAUUUGCUUACCACAAACUAGCCAAGGACUCGGGAAGCGCAGCAAUGGUGAAUGACCUGAAGUGGAACCCUGCUAGUCCCGCCAUGGUGGCCAUCUGUCUGUCCGAUGGCAGCAUCUCUGUCCUGCAGGUCACGGACUCUGUGAAAGUGUAUGCCACGCUGCCUUCCUCUGUAGCUGUUACAUCUGUGUGUUGGAGCCCGAAGGGAAAACAGCUGGCUGUAGGGAGGCAAAAUGGCACCGUGGUGCAAUAUCUGCCUAAUCUGCAGGAGAAGAAAGUAAUCCCUUGUCCUCCCUUCUAUGACUCAGACAAUCCUGUUAAAGUUUUGGAUGUACUGUGGAUUGGCACGUAUGUCUUCACUAUCGUAUACGCAGCGGCUGAUGGGACACUGGAAACACCUCCAGAAGUGGUCAUAGCCAUAUUGCCUAAAAAGGAAGAGAAGCGACCAGAGAAGUUUGUGAAUUUCAUGGAGCCUUGCUAUGGGAGUUGCACAGAGAGACAGCAUCAUUACUUCCUCAACUAUGUUGAGGAAUGGGAUCUAGUUCUGGCAGCUUCAGCAGCUUCCACAGAAGUCAGCAUUCUUGCCAGGCAAGGGGAUCAGAACUGGGAAUCAUGGGUUUUGGAGGACUCCAGCAGAGCAGAACUUCCUGUGACAGAUAAGAGCGAUGACACUCUGCCUGUUGGCGUUGCUGUAGACUACACCAGUAACAUGCCUAUCCCGAUCAGUGAUGAGAAGACCCUUGCUCCAGCUCCAGUUCUGAUCCUGCUCUCUACGGAUGGUGUGCUCUGCCCAUUUUACAUGAUCAAUCAAAACCCGGGGGUCAGAUCGCUUAUUGUGACCCCAGAGCCGUUGCAGUUAGUAGGGGAGAGGGUUCCAAAAUCAGCAGGAAGUACUGCCACAACUCCAACCACUCCUCCAACUUCUGUAAAGCCUGACGCUGUACCAGGUGUUGCUCCUACUGCACCUGCCUCAAGUCAGCCUCCUGCAGCGGGUGGAGCGGCUGCUUUUUCCUUUAUACCUUCAACUGUGAAGAUGCCUGGCGCUACGGGCAGCGAUCCUCCGCCUUACCCCUUUGCCACUGAUGCCUCCAGACAAGCCCUGGCUCCCGGUCUGACUGGAGCAGCAACGUUCUCUUUCUCCUCUGCUUCUCCUAAGGCAUCUGUGACUCCUGCUCCUUCUGUAGGCACCACUACAGCCACUGCCACCUCCUUUUCGUUUGGAUCCAUGAACUUUAAACCCGCUGCAGACAGCUCGCCUGGGCCACCACUCUCCACCACACCUGUUGCACAGAAGUCAUCUUUUGCACCUUCAGCUUCUUCAGUCAAAGUGAACCUCAGUGAGAAGUUCACUGCUGUAGACACCUCUUCUCCCACUAGCAGCAGUGGUCAAUGCACUUCCACAAUGUUUUCAUUCUCAACCACUUCAAAAACUGCUUCUGGAGCGUCCACGCCCCUCACAGCCUCUCCUACCGCACCACUGAAGGCUUCAACCCCUGUGCCUGCCACAGUGGCACGUCCUGCUCAAAAUAUGCCUUCAGCUUCUUUACUACAGAAGACAGCCAAAAUCACCCCGUCUGCAGCAAAGCCAAGCUCUAGUCAGGGCAAAUCGGCACUCCCCAGCACAGCUUUAGAGAAACAGGCCCACCAGUGGAAGGAUUCAGACCCUGUCAUAGCAGGAAUCAGAGAGGAGAUUGCACAUUUUCAAAAGGAGAUGGAGGAACUGAAGGCCCGGACUUCUAAAGCCUGUUUCCAAGUUGGUACUCCAGAGGAAAUGAAGAUGUUGCGAACUGAGUCAGAUGAUCUUCACACCUUCCUCUUGGAAAUUAAAGAGACAACAGAGUCACUUCACGGAGAUAUUAGUAUUCUGAAGACAACCUUGCUGGAGGGAUUUGCAGGGGUAGAAGAGGCUAGAGAACAAAAUGAACGGAAUCAUAGCUUGGGGUAUUUACACUUGCUCUAUAAGAAACCUUUGGAUCCCAAGAGUGAAGCACAGCUGCAGGAAAUUCGACGCUUGCACCAGUACGUGAAGUUUGCUGUUCAGGAUGUGAACGACGUUUUGGAUCUGGAGUGGGAUCGGCACCUGGAACAGAAGAGAAAACAGAAGCGUCUGAUAGUUCCUGAGCGAGAGACUUUGUUUAACACCCUGGCUAAUAACCGGGAAAUAAUCAAUCAGCAGAGGAAGAGACUAAAUCAGCUCGUGAACAGCCUGCAGCAGCUCCGACUGUAUAAUCGGACAUCUCAGUGGAGUGUUCCCAGUGAUACAUCUUCUCUUAGCAGUGCUCAAAGUUUUGACAGUGAUCUUGAAAGCCUGCGCAAUGCCUUGAUGAAAACUACCUUGGAAUCGCAUGCCAAACCUCUGCCUAAAGUACCUGCUAAAUUGUCCCCUGUGAAACAGGCACAGUUGAGGAAUUUCCUAGCCAAGAGGAAAACUCCACCAAUUAGGUCUACAGCUCCAGCAACUUUGUCCCGAUCUGCCUUCUUGUCCACAAGAUAUUAUGAAGAUUUGGAUGAAGUCAGUUCAACAUCCUCGGUUUCCCAGUCGCUGGAGAAUGAUGAUUCACAGGCAGUGGACCAGGAAGAAGAGGCUGCUCCAGUCCAAGUCCCUCGUCAUGCUCCUGUGGUCCGUACUCCCUCUAUCCAGCCUGGUUUGAUGGUUCAGUCUCCGUCCUUUGGGAAACAGCACCUCUCCCUGGGUACUUUACUGCCUACGACUUCAAACAGAAUCAUACCACAAGGGGCAGACAGUACAAUGCUUGCAACAAAGACUGUGAAACAUGGGGCCCCUGCUCCCACUGUCACUGUUCCAGCACCACAAGCAGCUGCUGCUGCAGCUCUGCGGAGGCAGAUGGCUAACCAGUCCCCAGCUGUAAGCACCUCCUUGACUGAAUCAACUCUGAAGAACGUUCCUCAGGUGGUGAAUGUGCGAGAACUCAAGACUGGUGCAUUGACUCCAGCUGUCUCCGCGGUAAUAGGAUCAUCUGUACCUCACUCUGCAGCCCAGGCAGUCCACCAAGUUUUGGCAACUGUUGCUACAAAUCAAGCUAAACAGACACCUCUAACAAGCUCGCUUAAGGGACAGACUCCACCUUCUGCUGUGUGUGCACCCUGUCCUAUGGCAUCUACAGCUGGUCCGACAUCAUCUGGCAACAAAAUCUCAGGACAAGGGACAGUAAAAACAGUUACAGCUGUGACUUCUUCUACAGUGACAUCAGUACAAGCAACAACUGCACAGCUUAACAAAGCCUUCUCGUUUUCUUCUGUGGGGUCUGGAUUUAAUUUUGGUGUUGUCACAUCAGCUGCUUCAUCACCGACGCUGCCCAGCCUCGCUUCCUCACAAGCCCCCACUAAAGAGUCCACCCAGACCGAUUCAUUUUCGCUUGCUGGGGCUUCCAAAUUUGGAGUAGUCCCUGAGGGCUCCUUUGCUUUUGGGUCCCUCAAGCCAGCAAGUGCUCCAGGAGCCUUAGUAGGAAAUAGCUCCUCAGCAGAUGGCACCCAGUCAAACAAACCUGCUGCAACAACAUCUUCUGCUCCCUCCACAGCCUCUGGCAAGCUGGAUAUCCCUCCAUCUAAACCAGGAGAUCACUUGUUUCAGAGCAAUCUAGCUGGGGAAACUCUUGGGAGCUUCUCAGGACUACGGGUUGGUCAAGUAGAUGACAAUGCCAAGACCACCACUAAAGCACCAUCUACUAGUGUUGCAGGAGCACAGUCAACUAAAGUAUCUGCAAUACCUUCUGGGUUUACUUUUGGUGCUCCCCUGUCAUUAGGAAAAGCUGGAGAAGCUGCUUCAACGUCAGUCACAUCGGCUGCCACGGCAUCCCCAUCCAUCAGCACUAGUGCCACAGGCAGUCUCUUUGGCAAUGUCCAGAUAACCAACACAGGGUCUUCUGGGGUAUUUACUCUUGGAGGCUCUAGUGGCAACAAACCCACCUUUUCAUUUGGUACUCAGCAAGCAAACAGUAUGAGUACAUCCACCUCUACCCCUUCUACAGUCUCUGCUUCAACGUCCCUCUCAUUUGGAAGCUUCUUGAGUUCAUCACAAACUGCUGCCCCUGCUGCAACUUCUAAUAAGGGUGCAGGGGAUGCCAAAUUACCGUCUGUGUCAGAAAAGCCAUCUGAAAAUGAAGCUGUAGCAGCUGGGUCUUCACCUCCAAUGACGCAGUCACCACAGCCUCAGAUACAGCUUUCAGAGUCCGUUAAAGAACUGGCUUUGCCCCAGGCCACAGCCGGGGACACCGUCUCUUCGGGCUCUGGCACCACAUCAUCAGCACCUCCCCCUGAUGCCAUUGCUACUCCUGCCUCCACAAGUGAUUUGAAGGCACCAGUGUCUCCUGCCGUCUCUGCAUCUGCCCCACCAGAUCAGAAUGUCUCAACGACAACCUCUGCAACAAACAUUGCCUCUCCUGCAGAAGCCACAAGUGCGUUGGCUGCUACCUCUGACGUUACUACAUGUGUUCAGAGUCCAGCUGUUGGUGCCUCUGUGUUUGCCCCCACUUCUGCAGGCUCCUCUGUGUUCUCUCAGCCUCCAAGUUCCAGCUCUUCUGCCUCAGCAUUUAGCCAGCCUGCUGGUGAUACAACUGCUACUCCUUCCACACCACCUGUUUUUGGACAACUACCAGCAGGUACCACAUCAUCCUCUCCAUUUGGGCAACUCACCACCAGUACCUUGUCCACUGCCACCGCUACCACACAGGCUGCCAGCUCAGGUUUUGGUACUUCUGCUUUUGGCACCACCACUACUGGGGGCUUUGGUCAGCCAACCUUCGGACAAGCACCGACCUUUGGGCAACCAGCGAGCAGUUCUUCAGGUGGUUUUACCUUUAGCCAGUCUGGGUUUGGGACAAUGCCAGCUUUUGGCCAGCCAGCGGCUUCCACAGCAGCCUCGAGCAGUGGCAAUGUUUUUGGAGCACCGGCUAGCACCAACAGCGCCAGCUCCUUUUCCUUUGGACAGCCAUCUGCCAGCACUGGAGGUGGGUUGUUUGGACAAAGCAGCCCUCCAGUGUUUGGGCAGAACACCGGCUUUGGGCAAGGGGGAUCCGUCUUUGGUAGUGCUGCUGCCGUUACUACUACAACGUCAUCUGCUGGGUUCAGCUUCUGCCAAGCUUCAGGUUUUGGUUCUAGUAACACAGGUUCUGUGUUUGGGCAAGCGGCUAAUACUGGAGGCACUGUCUUCGGCCAGCAGCCAUCUUCUUCCAGUGGAGGCUUGUUUGGAUCUGGAAGUGGUGGGAGAGGUGGAGGCUUCUUCAGUGGUUUGGGAGGAAAGCCGAGUCAGGAUGCAGCCAAUAAGAAUCCCUUCAGUUCCUCCAGUGGAGGAUUUGGAUCUGCAGCUUCCCAGAAUUCUUCUAGCUUAUUUGGAAACAGCGGAGCGAAGACUUUUGGAUUUGGCAGCUCAUCUUUUGGAGAGCAGAAGCCUACAGGCACUUUCAGCUCUGGUGGUGGAAGUGUGGCGUCUCAAGGCUUUGGGUUCUCCAGUCCAAACAAAGCAGGUGGCUUCGGUGCUGCUCCAGUGUUUGGCAGCCCUCCCACUUUUGGGGGAUCCCCUGGGUUCGGAGGGGUGCCAGCAUUCGGUUCAGCCCCAACCUUUUCAAGCCCUCUGGGCUCAACGGGAGGCAAAGUGUUCGGCGAGGGUACAGCAGCAGCCAGCGCUGGAGGCUUUGGGUUUGGUGGUACCAGUAACAAUACAGCGUCGUUUGGCACGCUAGCAAAUCAAAAUACACCAACAUUUGGAUCGCUGUCGCAACAGGGUACCAGUUUCGGCACGCAAAGCAGUGGAUUCUCCGCUUUUGGGACAGGUGGAGGAGGGUUUGGUUUUGGAUCAUCUAACACAUCUUCCUCUGGAUUUAGUGGAUGGAGGAGCUAAGAGCAUCCUGAACUGUCCUGUAGAACUGUGCCGCAGCUCCUGCGCUCAUGAGUCACCUACAUGAUCGAUAUCCAAACGGCUUUUCUUUUAAAUACGAGUUCUCAGACUUUUUUUUAAGAAAAAGAUUUUGCUUAUUUUUAUGCAACUAUUGUUCUCGCUCUAUAUUAAAACUAUUUUAUCUGCCUUGA